AUGCGCAACCAACCCAUCUAUGCAAACCGGCACAUGCGUGUCGUCUGCAUCGGCGCCGGAGCGUCGGGGCUUUACAUGGCUUACAAGCUGAAGCACUACUUUACCGACUUCACCCUCAACAUCUACGAGAAGAACCCCCAGAUCUCUGGAACCUGGUUCGAGAACCGAUAUCCCGGAUGCGCCUGCGAUGUCCCAGCGCACAACUACACCUACUCGUUCGAACCCAAGUGGGAUUGGUCGGCCAACUACGCCUCCUCUCGCGAAAUCUACACCUACUUCAACGACUUCGCCGACAAAUACGGCCUGCGGGAGCACAUCCACUGCGAGCACGAGGUCGUUGGUGCUCGGUGGGACGAGGACAAUACCGAACUCCAGCAGCGGUGCGAUUUUCUCAUCAACGCGUCCGGCAUCCUCAACAACUGGCGCUGGCCGGCCAUCCCGGGCCUCCACUCCUUCAAAGGAGAGCUGCUGCACAGUGCCGCCUGGGACGACACCGUCCAGCUUGCCGGGAAGCGUGUCGGGCUGAUCGGAAACGGGUCGUCUGGCGUUCAGAUCCUCCCCGAGAUCCAACCGGUUGCGGCCCACCUUACGACCUUUAUCCGCGAGCCCACGUGGGUCUGCCCAACCCGAGGGAUGGAGUACCACAAGUACACAGAUGAGGAGAAGCAACGGUUCCGGGACGAGCCCGGCGUCCUGCUCAACGUGCGUAAGAAGAAAGAGGAGACCCUGGCCCGAUUCUUUUCGGUCUUCGUCACCGGGUCGGCCGCCCAAACGAUGGCCGUCGACUAUAUGCGGGAGCAGAUGAAGCAGAAGAUCGGAGACGCGGAGCUGGCACAGAAGCUGAUUCCCAAUUUCUCGAUCGGCUGCCGCAGGUUGACACCGGGCCCGAACUACCUCGAGAGUCUGACCCUCCCCAACGUCACCGUCGUCCACGGCGAGAUCAAGGAAAUCACGCCCGACGCUUGCAUAACCGAGGACGGGCGCACCUGGCCGCUCGACGUGCUCAUCUGCGCCACCGGCUUCGACACGACCUUCCAGCCGCGGUUUCCCGUGAUCGGCCGCGGCGGCAAGUCGCUCGCGGCGGAAUGGGCCUCGGAGCCGCGGAGCUACAUGGGCCUCGCAGCGCACGGCUUCCCCAACUACUUCAUGUUCCUGGGCCCCAACUGCCCCAUCGCCAACGGGCCCAUCAUCUUCGCCAUCGAGCUGCAAGGCGAGUACUUUGCCAGGUUCCUCAACCGCUGGCAGAAGGAGGGCCUCGCGUCCAUCGACCCCCGCCGGGAGGCCGUCGACGACUUCAUGGCCCAGAAGGACGCCUUCAUGGAGAGCUCGGUGUGGGCCUCGGGGUGCCAGUCGUGGUACAAGGACCGUAAGACCGGCAAGGUCACAGCCCUGUGGCCCGGCAGCACCCCUCACUACAUGGAGGCCCUCGCCAGCCCCCGCUACGACGACUUUGAAAUCAAGUAUCACGGUAACCGCUUUGCCUACCUAGGCAACGGCUUCUCCCAGACCGAGCUGAAUCCGGACCUCGAUGUCACCUACUACAUCCGGGAGAAGGACGGCGGUGAGCCGUUGUUCAGGAGUCUGCAGAGCACCUUCAACGCAAAGUCCCUCGGGGACCUACUGCAGGCCCCUCCGGAUCUCGCGAUAUAG